UUAUCUAUGGAUUGAUUGAGUAUUAGUAUUAUACUGUCAAAAAAGUUUCACUUUACAUAAAAAGAGCGAUAUUUUUGCGAAAACGAUUAAUCAACAGCUACACUCAAUUUAGGAAUAAUUUAAAAUUGUUCUGUUAUUUUAUAACGUGACCUCAUAGUGCAAAUAAAAUUCUAUUAAAAGUAUUUACAUCGAAAUGAAGUGAUUUGAAUCACAAUGAAAGUGUUUUUAUAAUAACUAUCAAUAAGUUGUGUGUAAAUGAAUAAGUUUUCCAUUUAUUUCUGAUUUACAAUCGUACAUUUGAUUAAGAUGAGCGACGGACCUUUCGUUGCUAAGCCGGCUCGGGGCUGGCUUCAUCCCGAUUCGGUGUUAGCUAGCGAUGGAAUUACUUACGCAGUAAGGUAUAUUGGUUGCAUGGAGGUUCUAACAUCAAUGAAAAAAUUAGAUUUCGAGACGAGAUCACAAGUAGCAAAAGAAUGUAUUGCAAGAGUAUGUGCAGCCGCAGGACUAAGAUCUGCUGAUAAAAAGCGUCGAGUGUGUCAAGCUGCAGCCAAUGCAUUAGCAGCGAGACCUAGAAUGUCACACUCUGGUUCAAAUGUGGCUCUCACAGUAUCGUCCAGAGCUAUCACAGUAGCCGCUUUGGAGGGAGGUGAGACUAUUGCGCGUCAUGAUAUGCCUCGAGUCUCAUUCGCAUCUGGAGGGGACCAGGAUUCACUAGACUUCGUAGCAUACGUCGCCAAGUCAGCGCCGCCGGCGGAGUGGCGCGCGUGCUACGUGCUGGAGUGCGGCGGGCGGCUCGCACAGGACGUCAUCGCGACCAUCGGACAAGCCUUCGAGCUCCGCUUCAAAGAGUUCCUAACGAAACCCACUUCGUUGAACAUCAACGGCUCUCGUCCACUGUGCGCGACAGACGAGCGUGAGUACUACAACGACAUGCCCGACAAGAUCCCCCCCGCGGAGCCCCCCGCCGACCCCCCCGCGCCGCACCGACACCCCCCGCCGCCGCCGCUAGCCUCGCUCGCACCCAUCUCCUCGUGCGAGGAAAGCGUCCGGCACUACGUGAACCAGACUCCUCCGCCUCGGACUCCGCCUACUGCGUUAUUGCCGAACCACCACACGGACAUAUUUGACAUGCAGCCCUUCACUGCGGCCCCGGUCUCCUCAGCAACGUCGACAUCACCCGCAACUUCAUCAUCGCCUGCAGAAGAUCUGCCCCCAACCCUGUCUCCUGCUACACAAUCAGCCCUACUGGCAAGGGAAACCUGGUACCAUGGGCCAAUAUCAAGAACUGCAGCAGAAAGGCUCGUGGUGGAGGACGGCGAGUUUCUGGUUCGUCAAUCGACGGCGUGUCCCGGACAGUUCGUGUUAACCGGGGCAAGGCGAGGCGCGCACAAACAUCUGUUGCUGGUCGACCCCAAUGGAGUUGUGCGCACGAAGGACCGCGUGUUCGAGAGCGUCCCGCACCUCAUCAAGUACCACUGCAGCAACGAGCUGCCCAUCGUGUCGGCCGACUCGGCGCUGCUGCUGCGCCGCCCCGUGCCGCGCUCCUGAGGCCGCGCCGCCGCCCCGCAGCCCCGCCCGCGGUACAUCUUCACGUAGCCGCCGCCGCCUCGCUGUCCUGGCUCGGUCGACAAUGCUCGUUUAGGGUCGACGCGGCGGAUGCGAAACAAAGGUUUUGACGAUUUCUUGAGGCCGGUGCUUGCCCGACGCCAGCCCCCCACGGAAAUGCCUUUUGCUGGUGGGUUGAUUUCCGAACAUAAAGGGAUGCGCUUAUCUAUGUUUAACGAAAUAGCACAUCAUCAGCUAAAAAUGUCUGCCAUCUGAUAGCAUUCAUUUACCCGCUUACAUUUCUCUUAUCUGUGCUGCUUGCCUUGGUAAAUAGUCUUACCUGGCAUAUAUCGAGUCUUACUUAUAUGACCAAAACAGGGAAACAAAAAUUGUCCAAUAUUUGUCAUUUUUAGUUCCAACCAGUUUGGUUAUAAGAAGCUAACUUAACGGCAAUAAUUUGUCCAUUUUUAUUCAUUCAAUAUGUCUCUUUUUAUACAUACAUAAAGUGUCAAAAAAAGAAAUCUGGGGCCUACGAUUCUAAAGAUUACACAUACAUUUCGAUAACCAUAAAAAUAAUUCAGUAAAAGAUUUCGUUCCCAAUAUUAAUUAAAUACUAGUCUACAUUAAUCAUAAAAAGUUUAACAGGAAACCUAUAUUUAUAUGUAUAGCGGGGGCAUAAAAACAACACUAUUAAAAUUUAUAAAGAUACAGUAUGAGUCGGCUUAAUUCUAUCAAUUAUCUUGCAAAAUAUGUUAUAGAAGUAACUUAUAACUUGAACUGUAAUGAGCUGGUUGUCGGCUUCUCAUUAUUAUAUAGCUUGCAUGUUAGUAAUAAUUGUGUAAUAUACAACAAAUUAUGCUGUAUGUUUCGUUAUAUGGUACAUACAAUGUUUAUC